AUGCCAAUCAAUAGCCAAAACAGUUCUCUUCAAAAUUCUGCUAAGCCCAGCCCGACAAUUAUUAUUAUAUUGUUAUUAGCCGAACAACAUCAUGAUGAGAAAUUUAUUCAGUAUGAUAGUGAUGUUAAAAAAUUAUGUUAUAAAUACGAUCCGAAAUUAUCAACUGAACAACAAUUAGAUCUACUUAAAAAUGAUAUGAAAAUCUCUUUAUUAGAAAAAAUUAGCUGUCUAGGUAUAUGUACACCUGAAAAAUUAUUCGAAAUAGUACAGCUGUACGAAGCUGACCAGCAAUUAAUUGAUUCUCCUACAUUGCAAGCAACAUCAGAUUCUACUACUCUUACCUCACAAUCAUCCAGUAUCUACCCUGUCUCUUCUACUCAACAUCCAUCAUUUACAUCAUUAUCGCCGUCCUACCUUUCUUCAUCGUCACAAUAUUAUUCAUAUCCUCGUUUCCAACAUCCAAUUAUUGGUCGGCUUCGCCAUUUCGUAAACCAUACGCAUCAAACACACGAAAUCGUUCAAACCUUUGAUAUCGAUGUGGUCAACCGGGACAUUAUGCUCUCGGCUGUUUAA